AUGGCUUCCGUCACAACAGACGCCAUAGAGCUCACGCUCACAACUGAUGCUCAACCAUCGGAUGACGAACUCUCCCAAUACCGCCACGAGAACUCUUCUUUACGCCUUCAAGAUGUCCCCCUUCACACUGACACUGGCACCAUGACGUGUGACCUUUCUACCGGACACGAACGUCCUUUUGUCCCAGCAACUUUACGACGACAAGUGUUCAACGCUCUUCACAAUCUAUCCCACCGUGGAGUCCGGGCGACAGUCAAACUCAUCACUGACCGAUUCGUCUGGCUCAACAUCAACCGGUAUGUACGGCGUUGGGCCCGAACCUGUCUACCAUGUCAGCGCGCCAAAACGCAUCGGCCAGGAACUUUCGCCACUUCUGAUGCACGUUUCAGUCAUGUGCACAUUGACCUGGUAGGUCCGCUUCCAACAUCUAACGGUUCUGCCUAUAUGAUGACAAGCAUUGACUGGUUUACUCGGUGGCCUGUUGCUGCGCCCAUUCCGGACAUCAGUGUCGAAAUCGUAGCAAAAGCAUUUCUGACUCAUUGGGUGUCUAAUUUUGGAGUUCCUGCGACUGUCACCACUGACCGCGGAUCCCAAUACGAGUCCACGCUGUUUCGCGAGCUCACAUCCCUUCUCGGUACCAACCGAUUCGAACAACAGCAAUACCACCCUCAAGCAAAUGGUCUCGUCAAGCGCUUACAUCGACAACUCAAAACUUCCCUUAUGACCCAGCCCGAUCAUUCCCGAUGGUCUGAUCACCUUCCCCUGGUGCUGUUGUCCCUCCGUUCCACUCUCAAGGCCGACAUCGGAUGCACAGCAGCUGAUCUUGUCUACGGAACCUCCUUAUGA